UGUCAGUGAACUGUUUGUUAUAAAAUUCAAAUUUAAACGGUUAUUUUAUUUAUUGAGUUGAUAGCAUUUGUGUUGUUAGUUUAUUCAAUGCUUUGAGUUUUGAUUUUCUUUCAACUUUGUUCUUUCGGUUGCAUUAUAACAUGCCAUAUUAUAUUUCAUAAUUUUUAUAACAAUAUGGAACACUCCAAGGACCCUAUUACUGUACGAAUUGCACGAAUAAAUGGCGAAAUUACAGGACAAACUGCAGUAUUCAAUAAUACCACUUUACUUGCUAGAGAAACUCUCUUGGAUAUUCUUCAAGCCUUGUAUGAAGAAUGUUCUUUAGAAAAUUUACAGAAGUAUGAUACUAACAUAGCCAAGUUUGUUGAAAAAUACAAAGAAACUGUAAAAGAAAUAAAAAAGUUACGUGUCAAUAUAACAGAUUUCGAAAUAAAAAAUGUGAUAGGAAGGGGACAUUUUGGAGAAGUUCAUUUGGUAAAGGAAAAGCAAACUGGUGAUAUAUAUGCUAUGAAAACGGUUAGAAAGUUUGAAAAUGAUUUGAAUAGAAUGUCCUUUGAGAUAGAACGAAAUAUUAUGGCAUUCUCAAACUCGCAUUGGUUGACUACCCUUCAGUAUUCAUUUCAAGACAGCACAUAUUUAUUUUUUGUUAUGGAAUACCACCCAGGAGGAGACCUUUUGGGUCUUUUGUAUAGACAAGGAGGAACUUUACCUGAAAGUGCAGCAACUUUUUACAUUUCCGAGCUGGUUUUGGCACUAGAAGAUCUUCACCUGAUGGGAUAUAUUCAUCGAGAUAUCAAACCAGAUAACAUUCUACUAGAUCGAUGUGGACAUUUGAAAUUAGCAGAUUUUGGAUCAGCAGCAAAGUUAAAUCAAAAUGGAGUGAUUAAUGUAAGUCCUCCUGUGGGUACUCCUGAUUAUAUUGCUCCAGAAGUGUUGCAGUGUUUAGAAAAUAAGAAUGAAAUUUCAUCUGGAUAUGGGGUUUCUUGUGACUACUGGUCACUGGGUGUACUGGCUUAUGAGCUAACAAUUGGCAACACUCCAUUCACAGGUCAAAAUUCCACAUCAAUAUACUCAAAAAUAAUGAAUCAUCAAAGUUCUCUGAAAUUUCCUCCAGAUGUUGUACUCAGCCAAGCAUAUGUCAGCUUUGUUAAAUCAUUGAUAACAGAUGAAAAAUCAAGACUGACCACGAACCAAAUCAGAAGUCAUCCUAUUUUCAAGAACACCAAUUUUGAUACUUUAAGAGACCAGGUACCACCUUUCGUUCCCAAAAUUACGUCGGUAGAAGAUACUAGUAACUUCAGUGAUGUUCAAAGCAAAAAGAAAACACCUAGCAUCGAAUCUUUUAAAAAACGAAUGCAGUUCUCCGGUCGUAAUUUGCCAUUCAUAGGAUUCACCUUCACACCUAAUCCAAAUUGUUACCAGGAACCUUUUGAAAGGAAAGUGGUAACCAAAGACGAGAUGAUGGAGAAUCUUAAAAGUGAGGUAAACACUUUGAGGAUGAAGAUGGUGAAGAAUGAUGAGUUUGAUAAAGAGAGAGAAGCUUUAGAAAGAAAAUUGGAAGAGAAAACAAGGAAAUUAGAGAGUAUUGAAAAUUUGAGAAACCGAUUGGAGAGAGAUCUGGCUGGUAAUAUAGCCGAGUGUGGGGCAUUGAAAAGAACUUUGGAGUUGGAACGUAAAGAUAGAUCAGAGUUAGAAAAAAAAGCCAUAGAUUUGAUAAAAUCUGCAAAGCUCAAAUGGGAAGCAGCAGAAAAAAAUAAAUUAGAAACUCUUACGUUAGAAAUCAGUCAACAGAAAGAAAAAAUUAUCCAGCUUACAGCAACCAACAACAUGCUCACUGAACAAGUACAACAUGCUCUGAAGAUGGAAGGAAAACAUAAGGAAUCGUUGGAAAAAGCACAAUUUCUAAGCAGACACAGUGUUAUAGGUCUCGAAUCUCGAUUAGAAAAAGUUACUAGUGAGACACAAGACACCAUUUCAGAAUUAGAAAAACAGCUUUCGGAAGAAAUUCGUCAGAAAAAAAAAUUGGAAAAUAAGAUGUCACAAAUGAAAAUGAAGGAAUCAUUAUUAACUAAAAAAAUAGAUCAAUCUGAAAAAGACUUUGAAAGCUGGAAGAAUAAACUAGAAGAAGCAGAGAACAUCAUAAAGCAGUUCAGUGAGCAAGUCACAGAUCUAGAAAAUCAUAUUGAAAAAAUUGAUGAAUAUAAACAAGAAAUUGCACAGUUACAGGAAAAACUUGACGAAUAUCAGAAAACUGUUGAAGAUGUUGAAAAUCAUAACACCACUUUGCAGCUGAAAGUUAAACAUAUGGAAGGCUAUAAGAUGGAGGUUGAGGAAUUGAAGAAAACAAUUAGAAAUAUGCAGAACGACAAGAAGUUCUCAGAUAUCCAGAACCAGCUGUUGGAGGAAAGGGAAAAGUGCAUGUAUUUGACAAAACAAUUGCAGGAAUUUAAAAAUAUUGCCACUGAAAAUGAAGAGUUGAAGGAACUUCGCACCAAAUAUUGGAGAAUGGAAAAGGAACUGAAUAAUGCAAAAAUUGACAAGCGUAUUUUGGAAAGGGAGCUCAAGGAUUCUCGCUCAGAUGUAAAACUAUUGAACGAGAAAAUUGAGGGCCUAGAAAAAUCUCUUGGUGAAUCUAAACAUGCUCAUGAAUUGGCAAUUGUAGAACUAAGCAAUAUAAAUGAAAAAAUCUCUUUGGAACUCAUUAAACUAAAGGGCAGUCAUCAAACCUUAUUGGAAAAGCUGGAUUUUGAAAAGACUAAAUAUGAAAGUGAUAAAAUUGCAAUUAAUGAAUUGAAAGAUAUUAUUAAAUUAAAGGAUGAUCAAAUAGCUAGAUUGAAUAUUGAGUUAGCUUGCACCGAGAAGGAAAAGUCUGCUGUUGAAAAUGAAAUAAAAAAAAUUGAAAACGAAAACGGUAAACUUUUGAAUUCCAUUGAAAAUUUGCAGAAAGAAAAGAAUGAAAUUCAAGAUAACUUGCAAAGAGCUAACCGAGAAGUUCUCAAUAAAAAUCUGAAUUUAGAAGCUUUGCGAGAAGCAUGCACUGUAUUAGAGAACCAAUUAAUAGCAUUUGAAGAAAUCAAAACUUCAUUUGAAACCAAACAGGCUGCUCUGAAUAGUAACACAGAAAAACUAAUAAGUGACUUGUGCAAAUCCAAACAAGAGAUACAAGUGGCAAAAAAAGCAGUCAACGAAGAAAAAUCUCUCAGACUACUCGCUGAAACCAAAGUUAAGAGGUUGAGUGAGGAUGUUGAAUGUUUGCAGAAAGAAUGUGCAUCAUAUAAGAAACAGUGUAUUGAUUAUAAACAGUUUUGCAGCAAUCUCUCUGAGGAACUAACUGUAGCCGAAGAAAAAAUAACAGACCUGGAAGUUACUGCUAAAGCUUAUGAACGCCAUAUGGAUGAGUUGAAGUCCGAAAACAGACAUAUCAAACAAGAACUAUCCGAUAUUAUUACCCAAUUCAACAAAGGAAAAGAGUCCAACUACAAACUUAAACAUCAACUCAGUGAUACAAGAGACGAAAUGGUAAUGUUCAAGCAGAAGAUGAAUGAAUUAGAACGGAUUCUGAAUGAGAAAAGCCAUUACUAUAAGGAGAGAGAAAUGAAGUCAGAUGCAACUAUCAAGCAGCAGAUCAAGUUGAUUGACUUUUUGCAAUCUAAAAUAGAUGAACAAAACAAUAAAAAAAGAACAUUUACGAAUGUCCUUUUUGGUAAUUCAAAAAAGGAAAAUCAACCACCUAUAUCACUUGUAAUGAACUACAAAGAUUUAGAAUCACAGCUUCUCAAAGAAAAGAAAACAAAUAAGGAAUUACAAGAAGAAAUUUUCAAAUUAAAAGCAAUUGUCGUCACACAAGAACAAACUAUACCUUCAGAAAAAAUCAAAGUGUUGAAGCAGAAUCCAGAAAUCAUGUCACCCAAAAGUAAAGUAGCUAUACAGCAGAUUGUGAAUUCUCCAAGUAAACAAAAAAACGAUUUUUACAGACGAAAUUCCGUACAAAGAAUGCACCAUAAUAUACCCCACAGAUUUGAUACAAAGUAUUGCAAAUCUUCUACUAUAUGUGCAGCAUGCUCACAACAAGUUUCACUGGGUAGGAGUUUUAUUGCCUGUUCUGAUUGUAACGUUCAAGCUCAUACAAAUUGCAAAAGGUUGAUUCCAAAUACUUGUGGUUUACCGAAGGUGUUUGCGAAACACUAUAAAGACAGCCUUAAACCAAAAACUGAAGAAAACCAUGUUCAAACACCAAAUAAGGAAGAAGUAGUCAAUGUUGAAGGCUGGGUGAAGAUUUUAGGAAAAAUGAACACUUGGGAAAAACAUUAUGCUGUUCUUACGGACAGUUCUAUAAAUAUUUACACAGACCUUCCGAAAGAAAACAAUUCUACUCUGCUAGAAACAUUUCCAUUGAAACCAGCCAACAGCCACGGAAAAGUCAUUUCAGAGCCCCUACCUUCAGAAAUUGGGGUUGCUGUAGCUAAUAGUGAUCUGGCCUUCAUCUUAAAAGUAGAAGUGGCGCCUGAUACUACCUGUUGGCCUCCCAAUUGCCUAAUUAUUCUCACUUUGUCUGCUCAAGAUAAAGACAAAUGGUUUUUGGCCUUGCAGAAAAUAUAUAAUGAUGAUAACAAACCAAAAUUUGAGAAAAUCCUCACUAUUGAAGAAGACAUGCAAGUGGUCAGUCUGGUAGACUUGACAGAAACUAUCAAAAUAAUAGGCACUGAACAAGGCCUAUAUUCUUAUUUCGAGAAAAACUUGGUUCAUAUCGAUGGUUUGAAGGAAGUCCAUCAUAUCUCAAUCAUGUCUUCUACUAACUGUGUUUUGAUGAUUGUCAAUGAAAAGAGAACACUAAUUGUCUGUGAUAUCAAUCAUUUGAUCAAUCUAGCACAGUGUGCUCAGUGCUCGAAACCGAAACUCAACUAUAAAGAUGUGGAUAUCUCAGGAUUAAACGGUUUCCACAUACUUCAGGUCUCAAGUUUCACCAGUCAAUUGAAGAUAUGUGUCGCCACUGCCAAACAGCUGGUAGUUCUCAGUUAUGAAUCAGAUAUUGAAGAAUUUGUGCCUGCUAGGAUACUAGAUACUGCAGAACCUGUUAGUUGUGCUUUGUUCACUGAAAAUAGUCUCAUCGUUGGGGCAGAUAAAUUUUUUGAAAUUGAUUUGGUGACAUUUAGAGCUGAAGAAUUUUUGGAUGCAAGCGAUAUAAGAUUGAAGCAGGCAGAAAG